AUGGGGCUCUUCAAUCGUAUGCUGGGUGUGUGCUCAGCUGCAGGAGAUUUUCACGGGGCUGAGCGUAUCCUCCAGCGUGCUAUCAAAAGUGCCUUUGAACCACAGACGUUGACCCUGGCCUUAGUGGUGGCAGCUUGUGCCGAGGCAAGGGAUGUUGUACGAGCUGAGCUUUGGCUAAGAAGGAUAUGCCUAACAGGCAUGCAUGCUGAUGUUCCUGGGCACCCGGAAGUGAUAGGCAGCCUGAUGGAUGCGGGUGCUGCUCCAUUGGCACAUGUUGCGAAGCAAGCAGCCCAGGACACCGUCGCUGAACAUACAGCGGAAAGUCGCUUGUCAUCGCAUUUGCACGUGCUUCGGAAGCAUUCGAAGCUCAGUGAGGAUGAGAUGACAAGCCUCAGCAGCCUGUGGGAAGAACUUGUGCAGCAGCACAAAAACUCUGGAACGCCAGUGUCCAGACCUGUCCUUCAGGCAACGUUGCAAGUACUUGCGAGAUGCAACAGACAGGAAGAGAUCCAAGCCUUGUUGAAAGACCUGCCAUCUCUGGGCCUCCGCCCAGAUCAAAAGAUCUACGGCAUUCUGAUUGAGGGAGCGGCGCUAUGCAAAGAUGUUGCUCAGGCAGAGGCCUUCUUCAGAGCGGCUCGCGAGGCCGGCAUCGAGCCGUCCCUACCCAUGCUGAACAGCCUCAUCAAGUGCUGUGCCGCAGCCGCAGAUGUGAGCAAUGCAAAGAAGUGGUUUGAGCGAAUCUAUUCCGAGGGCCUUGUUCCCAACGCCUUGUCCUUUAACGGCCUCCUUGGAGCUUGCGGGACAGGUGGUGUGGACAGUGAAGCAGAGCUGGUCCUACAGCAGAUGGUAACUGCGCAGCUGCAGCCGGAUAGUUACAGCUAUUUGGCGUUGAUUAAGGCGGCAAGCAACAAGAGUGGUCAGGAGGCUGAGCGUUGGCUAUCCACAGCCAUAUCCGCACGUGUCAAUGUCGAUACAGGCAUGUUUAAUGCAGUCUUGCGUGCCUACGUCGCGCAUUCGGACUCCUGGGAAGCCAAGCGCAUAUAUGCAGACAUGGAGAGGGCAGGCGUGCCAGGCAACGCCGCCACCUUCCUGUCAGUGGCUUAUGCGCACGCACUCGAAGGGGAAGUGUCCAAGGUUGAGGAUUUCGUUUACGCUUCAGGCCAGGCAGGUUCUGGCCUUGGACGCGAGGAGUAUUCCUGCCUGCUGCAGGCAUACUCCAACAAACAGAGAUACCGGAGCCACAAGGCAGAGCGUGUUUUCCGUGAGAUGAUCUCGCAGAACAUCAUGCCCACCGCGAAGAUGCUCCAAUAUUUGCGUUUCGCUAUGGGCGAUGGUCCGGCACAGGCUCUCCUCGAGGAGUUGCGUGUUGACCCGCUUGAUGCCCCUUGA